GUGGCCACCACUACGACCAUCACAGCGGCCACAGUAGCCGCCCCUCCCGCCACAGUAGUCGAUGAUAAUACCGCUGAGGAUAAUAGGGCUGCGGUGGCGCUCAUGGCUCUCAAGACACCGGCGUUGGUGAACACCGUCGCGCCCGCCGUGAAGACUGAUGGCUGCCCGUCCAGUGCCGGCGAAUCCGUUUGUGAUAAUACUAUUAGCGGUCAUAACGACAGGAAACGCAAGAAGAAGUCGAAGAGACAUCGCCACAGAAGUGGUGCUGAAGAAGUGCCUCAUAAGCGCAUCCACUUGUCGUUGGACAAGGAGUCGGAGCUAUCCGUAAGUGCUGUUCAGAUAAUGCUUUUUUACAAAUGA